AAUGGAAGGACACCAAAUGACCAAAUUCUCUGACUUUUACUGCGUUCACAUCCAAGGAGAUCAAGGAACCAGAUUUAUGUGUCAGUUAGGGUGUUAGAGGAUCGGAUUUGGCUCCUUCGUCUCCUUCGUUAGCGAUGGAGGUGAAGAAGGAAAAACUUGUCAGGUUCUAUUAUGAUGGAAUACAUGAUAAAGAAACCCUAUGGGGAAGUGCUGACCCGGCAUUCCUUGAAAAGUCUUCAGAAUACAAAGUUUCAUCCUCUUCAUUGUUAAAACAAGAAAAAGACCCAGUGGGUGGUAAAUAUAGAUUUUCUGAAGCAUACAAAUUUGGGAACGCAAAGGUUUUUCCAGAAGAACACAAGCCAUGGCGCCAAAAAAUGCUUGAUCCAGGAAGUGAUAUUGUGUUAAGAUGGAACAGGAUUUUUAUAGUCGCAUGCUUGGUUGCGCUUUUUCUUGACCCAUUAUAUUUUUAUCUGCCUGCCAUAGGAGGGGACAAUGGCUCUUUGUGUAUCAAGACUGAUUUACGUUUGCGAAUUAUUGUGACUUGUUUUCGGACUGUUGCGGACCUUUUUUAUUUGUUGCACGUGGUUAUUAAGUUCAGAACAGCUUAUGUUGCCCCAAGCUCUAGAGUUUUUGGCAGAGGUGAACUUGUAAUGGAUCCAAAAAUGAUUGCUCGGAGGUAUAUUAGGACCGAUUUCUUCAUUGAUCUCAUUGCCACACUUCCACUCCCUCAGAUAGUCAUCUGGUUCAUAAUUCCAGCGACAAGAAGCUCUCAAGCUGAUCACAGCAACCAUGACCUUGCAUUGAUUGUUCUGCUUCAGUACAUUCCCAGAUUAUACCUGAUAUUUCCAUUAAGUUCUCAAAUUAUUAAAGCAACUGGAGUGGUUACGAAGACUGCCUGGGCGGGGGCUGCUUAUAAUCUUCUGCUAUACAUGUUGGCUAGCCAUGUUUUAGGGGCAGCAUGGUAUUUGCUGUCCAUUGACAGAUACACAUCUUGCUGGAAAUCAGAGUGUAAAAAGGAUUCAGUGCCCUGCGUGCCUAAUUUUUUAAAUUGUGGUUCUUACAACCAUGGUGACCGCAUAUCGUGGGCAAAUAUUACAAAGGUGUUCGACCAGUGUAAUCCAGACAAUGAUAUCACUUUCAAUUAUGGCAUAUUUGAAAAUGCAGUACAAAAAAAAGUUGUCUCUUCUAGCUUCCUUCAAAAGUAUUUCUAUUGUUUGUGGUGGGGCUUGCAGCAGCUGAGUUCAUAUGGACAGAAUUUAGCGACUAGCACAUUUAUCGGGGAGACGACAUUUGCUAUCCUCAUUUCCAUAUUGGGUCUCGUUUUAUUUGCCCAUUUGAUUGGGAAUAUGCAGACGUACCUCCAAUCUAUGACGGUCAGACUUGAGGAGUGGAGAGUUAAGCGAAGAGACACUGAAGAGUGGAUGGGGCAUCGCCAGCUCCCUGAAGAUUUGAAACAUCGAGUUCGACGUUUUGUUCAGUAUAAGUGGCUUGCAACGCGAGGAGUUAAUGAAGAAUCCAUACUACGCGGCUUGCCUGCCGAUCUUCGUCGUGACAUUCAGCGUCACCUUUGUUUAGACCUUGUUCGACGUGUCCCUUUCUUCUCUCAGAUGGAUGAUCAGCUGCUCGAUGCUAUUUGUGAGCGUCUGGUAUCCUCUUUGAGCACCGAAGGCACUUACAUUGUUCGUGAAGGUGACCCUGUAACAGAAAUGCUUUUUGUAAUCAGAGGUAGACUGGAGAGUUCUACAACUAAUGGAGGCCGGACUGGUUUUUUUAACUUAAUUACAUUGAGACCGGGGGAUUUUUGUGGGGAAGAGCUGCUUGCUUGGGCUUUGCUUCCCAAAUCCACGACAAACUUGCCUUCGUCCACUAGAACUGUUAAAGCCCUAAAUGAAGUUGAAGCUUUUACACUGCGAGCUGAAGAUCUCAAGUUUGUGGCUAACCAAUUUAGACGCCUCCACAGCAAGAAGCUGCAGCACACCUUUCGGUAUUACUCACACCAUUGGAGGACUUGGGCAGCUUGCUUCAUACAGGCUGCUUGGCGUCGUUACAAGAAGAGGAUGACAGAGAAUAGCCUGACCAUGAGCGAAUCCUUUUGUUAUGAUGAGAAUGAGGCUGAUGGGACAGGUCAAGAGGGGGAGGAACAUUUCCCUACUGGGUCAAAUCCUUCUCAGGCAAAAUUGAAUCUUGGGGUCACGAUUUUGGCUUCAAGGUUUGCUGCGAACACAAGGAGAGGCGCUCAAAAGAUCAAAGAUAUUGAGAUGCUAAAGUUACCAAAACCUGAGGAACCCGACUUUUCUGCUGAGCCUGAUGAUGACUAGCUAAAUAAUAAAUAAGCAAGGUAAAGAUUACUUGUCCAGUUUUCUUCACUUUUGGUCACUCCUUGAAGAUGCACGUCAGAGAACGUUUUAUGUGGGGGUUUGGAUCACCUGCUAUCACAGGACUAGCUCUCUCAUGGUCUGAUUCUUGCUAAUCGGAAUAGACGAUUCGAGCAUGUUUGGAGCAAGACAUGGGGCAGGUGGGUUUUGGUUUAUUUUAUCCUGUUGUACAAUGUAUAAUAUUCACAUUGUUACAUUAAAAAUGUCAGCUUCAUGAAGGAUAAACUGACUAAUCCGUGUGUUAUGAACUAUGAGCUUUGUAAUUGUAAUAUACAUUUAGUUUUGAAGACUCCCAUGGAGGAUUCAAAUUCUUCCUGGUACAGGUUGGAACACUGUUAUAUUAUUUUUCUUCAUUCAAUGAUCUAGGCAAGUGAGACACUA